ACCCUCUUCUCUCGCACCUACAUCCCCCCCUUCCUUUUCUGUCCUUGGAAAAUGGUGUCCAAGCUCACGUCGCUGCAGCAAGAACUCCUGAGCGCCCUGCUGAGCUCCGGCGUCACCAAGGAGGUGCUGGUCCAGGCCUUGGAGGAACUGCUGCCCUCCCCGAGCUUCGGGGUGAAGCUGGAGACCCUGCCCUUGUCCCCCGGGAGCGGGGCCGAACCCGACACCAAGCCGGUCUUCCAUACUUUAACGAACGGCCACGCCAAGGGCCGCCUGUCCGGGGACGAGGGCUCCGAGGACGGGGACGACUAUGACACCCCUCCCAUCCUCAAGGAGCUGCAAGCGCUCAACACCGAGGAGGCGGUGGAGCAGCGGGCGGAGGUGGACCGGAUGCUCAGUGAGGACCCCUGGAGGGCUGCCAAGAUGAUCAAGGGCUACAUGCAGCAACACAACAUCCCCCAGAGGGAGGUGGUCGAUGUCACGGGUCUGAACCAGUCACACCUCUCACAGCAUCUCAACAAGGGCACUCCUAUGAAGACCCAGAAGCGCGCCGCCCUGUACACCUGGUACGUCCGAAAGCAGCGGGAGAUCCUCCGACAGUUCAGCCAACAGAGCCAGGGGCCUGGGCAGUCCGAUGAUGCCUGCUCUGAGCCCCCCAACAAGAAGAUGCGUCGCAACCGGUUCAAGUGGGGGCCCGCAUCCCAGCAAAUCUUGUACCAGGCCUACGAUCGGCAAAAGAACCCCAGCAAGGAAGAGAGGGAGGCCUUAGUGGAGGAGUGCAACAGGGCAGAAUGUUUGCAGCGAGGCGUCUCCCCCUCCAAAGCCCACGGCCUGGGCUCCAACCUGGUCACUGAGGUCCGUGUCUACAACUGGUUUGCAAACCGCAGGAAAGAGGAAGCGUUCCGGCAGAAGCUGGCCAUGGAUGCCUACAGCUCCAACCAGACGCACAGCCUGAACCCCCUGCUCUCCCACGGCUCCCCCCACCACCAGCCCAGUGCCUCUCCUCCCAACAAGCUGUCAGGAGUACGCUACAACCAACAGGGAAACAAUGAGGUCACUUCCUCCUCUACAAUCAGUCACCAUGGCAACAGCGCCAUGGUGACCAGCCAGUCUGUUUUACAGCAAGUCUCUCCAGCCAGCUUGGACCCAGGCCACAAUCUCCUCUCACCUGAUGGUAAAAUGAUCUCGGUCUCAGGAGGUGGUUUGCCCCCCGUCAGCACCUUGACGAAUAUCCACAGCCUGUCCCACCAUAACCCCCAGCAAUCUCAAAACCUCAUCAUGACACCCCUCUCUGGAGUCAUGGCCAUUGCACAAAUGCCCUCUCCAAGCCUGGUGACACCCACACAUCCCUUACUUUGCGCACAGCAACAAGGAUCCUAUUCUCCACACCAUCACUCUCCGGGCAGCUGUCAUGGAAAAGCCCAGUGGCCUGACAAGCACCUGCAAGAGGUCCCUGCUCACCUGACAUCCUGCCGGUACCUCGGACAGUCCGUUCUCAGGAGGCGCAGCCCGAAGCCCAGCUUCUCUUCCAUGCAGUAUUGUCACGAUGCCUCUCCCAAGAUGUCAAGUCCUCCUGUCCGACCCAGAGGUGGGAGAAGAAACCACGGAAGAGGAAGAGAGAAAGCCGUAGUGUCUACAUUGUGCUCCUUCAUCGAACAAACUGAUGUGAAAACUUGAAUCUGUUACUGAAAUGAGGAGAGGAGGACACGUGCUAUAUUGAACUGAGCCAAACACACUGUAAAUAUCAGCACUCCCUCCCCCACCCCUAUCCCCACUGAUCUUGAGAUUUCUUUUAAAGAAGUAAAUUUGUCCAAUGGGUGUAAACUAUAAACUACUGUAAUUAAGUGCAAUUUCCCCUGCACUUCCUUGCCCCUCUGCCGUGUAUAUAAUACUAAAGUAUCUAUUAGUUUUCUUUGUAAAGGUCAGAGUUGAAUUUUUCAAAGUGAUUUCCCCCCUUUUCCUUCCCGUAUGGAGAAAUACCCUACAUCGGAAGUGCAGCCUUUGCCCCUCUCUCAUGCCUGGACACGCACAGGGACACUGUGUAUUUUGGACUGACUGCCCACUAACUCCAGCCUCCUGAUGUUAAGACACACCUCUGGAUCCCUGGAGGGGGCCGAACAUAGUGUCAGAGUAACGUCCUAGCGUCUGGUGGGGCUAAGGGUUCAGCCAGUACACCCCCAAGAAACCCCAAGGCAGGGAAACUGGCUGUUUGAUAGCAUAAGAAAAAGUUGUCCUUUCAGAAAGCCUCCCAUUAAAACUAUUUUAUCACUGCCCAGAGUUUCUUAUUUCUGUCUCUGACACUUCCCCUGCCGCCAUUCUACGGAGGACCCCUGGCCUCGCCGCCUUGGAAUUUUCCACUUACUCCACUGGGCUCCCUGCUGCCUGUCCCCAUGUCUUUGCACUGCCUUUACUGCUAAGGUAAGAAUAGUUCAUUCUCCCAGCCAGACUCCACAAAUCCAUCAGAGGGAAUCUAGUAAGAGCAGGAGAGAACACCUCUUUCUUCUCUGCAAUUCACAGGAGUAAAGUGAUAGAGCCUAUUCUUGGUGACUGUGGUCAUAGGAACAGAUGGAAACCCUGUGAGCCACUUUUUCAGCCACAGCUUAAACAUUAAUUCCAGUUUUUCCUCCCUUCUGUAGGGCUGUCAAUCACUAGGAGAGUGGGCACCUGUGGGUGUCGCCUUCUGCCCGGUUUCCCUCUCUAGUAGAGAUGCUAAUGGAUACAAAUAGUCCAAAAGGGGAAAAGCUGAAGGCCUGGACACUCUGCUAGCAGGGACUUUGCCAUAAAUAAUCCAGCGUUGACUCAGGAAGAAGGAUAAUGGACCUGCUCUCUUGGCUGUCUCCUCUUGUGUACAACAUAGAUCUACCAGCAUUUCUCACUUCUUGUGGUUUCUUGCUUUAAAAUGGAAUAUGUCCUAGUCAACAUGUAAGCAAGGCCCCAAGCAACAGGUUUUUAAAAAUUCCAGUUUAGUGGGAGAUGCAAUUCUCAGUGAGCCAGACAAAUUUACUGAGUACCUACUAUGUGCCCGCGGCAGGGACGAAUGGAUAUGGAAAUGCUGACCUCUUUGGUUCCUGGCUCCCCUAAACAAUGUAAUUUGGGCUGAAGUAGUCCAGAGCAAACUCAUGGUUGGGUUGAGAUGGCUGAGGCCAAGACCAAGCACCAUGUGUCAAGAGAGGCCAAGAUCCCCUGUCACUAGUUGAGAUGGCCUGUGAGUUCCAGGAAGAGGAAGGGAAUAUAAGCCUCAAUCACCAGUCUCAAUUGAGGCCCUGUUUCUGGACUCAUGUUGUUUCUGGAAUAGCAAGUAUCGGCUUUGAUAGAUGUUAGAUCUUGCAUUGUUGUGAUGGCUUUGAGAAUUCAGAAAGUUAUAUUCAUCCAAGUUAUAUUCAUCUAGGCAGAGGUGGAGGUGGGAGGGAGGAUGGAUGGGUUGGGAAGGUCUUUAGGGACCAAAUCCUAUAUAAACAAAGGCAUGUAGAAAAUGACCCUAUCAACUGAAAGCUCCCAAGAAGGUUAGCACCUUCCUUCUAAUCAAACAGGGACCAAUUGUUGCAGCCACUACGAAAAACAGUAUGGAGCUUCCUUUAAAAAUUAAAAAUAGAACCACCUGAUGACCCAGCAAUUCCAUUUCUGGGCAUUUACCUGAAGAAACCCAAAGCACUAAAUUGAAAAGAUAUAUGCACGCCUAUGUUCAUAGUAAUGUUAUUCACAAAAGUCAAGAUGUGGAAGCAACCUAAAUGUCCAUCAAUAGAUGAUUGUAUAAAGCUGUGGUACAUAUUUACAACGGAAUAUGAUUCAGCCCUAAAAAGAAUGAAAUCUUACCAUUUGUGACAACAUGGAUGAACCUAGAGUAUAUUGUGCCAAGUGAAAUAAGUCAGACAGAAAAAGACAAAUACCAUAUGGUUUCACUUAUAUGUGGAAUCUAAAGAACAAAAUAAAAUAGAAACAGACUCAUAGAAACAAAGAACAAACUGUCGGUUGCCAGAUGCAAGGGGGCUUGGAGGGAUAGGUGAAAAGGUGAAGGGAUUAAGAAGUACAAAUUGGUAGUUACGAAAUAAUCAUGAAGAUGUAAAGUACAGCGUAGGGAAUAUGUCAAUAAUAUAAUAACGAUGUAUGGGGCUAGCUAGCCGGAUACUGAACUUAUCAGGGGAGUCACUUCAUAAGUUAUACGUAAUCACUAUGCUAUGCACCCGAAACUAAUGUAAUAUUGAAUAGUAACUGUAAUUGAAAAAUAAAUAAAACAGGGACCUUCCUCCACUGUCCCCAAGCAGGACGAGGAGGUCUGCUGUGUAUGGGCCCAGGUGGGUAUUACCCACUCUGAAGAUUCAUUUGCAACUGAAAACCCCCAUACCUUCCUCCGCACCUUAUGGACCAACAUUUCCAGGGUCUCUCUUUACACCCUGCGCCCAGGUUAACUGACAGGUAGUUCCUUUUCACCAUGACCGGCUGUCAUUUUCUAGGAUGAGCUUUAGGGAAGGCAGAUUUCAUUUUAACAUCCAUGGAUAAGAAAUAAAAUUAGGAAUGAAAAAUCUGCCUUAAAAUGUAUUAAAUUUUUCUAUGCCAAACAGUGGAUUAUUGUCCCCCAAAGCAGAGAUAACUGGAAUAUUAGUUGCUGAGUUCAGGUGGAUAAAAACACAAUGUAGAUAGCCAGGGAAUGUGAGCUCUUGGCCCCCAGUUGGGGGCAGGUCUUUGAUAUUCAUUUUGGAGCCUGAAAGCCUUGAUUAGAAUCUUCAGCUCCACCACCUAACCGGUAUUCAUUGUCCUCCUGCAUAAAGUUGGGUGAUAAUAAUAGCACCUGCUGUAUAAGGUGGUUUGAGGUGUCAAUGAGUUGCCUAGUGUGUCAUUGAGUGCCGGGUGUUCAUAUUCUUUCAUGCCAAAAUGCCUUCUCAUGUAGUCUUCUAGGUCUGGUUGAUCUUUCUAGAUAACCUCAUCACAAAUUGGAUGCUUGGUAAAGAAAACUGCUAAUAAUUAGUUAAAUGAUUUUGUUCAUUUCUGGGAUGUGUAGCAAACCCAGCAGUGAACCAAGAAUGAGGAAGAAAGGGGAUGUCUGAGGACAGGGGAAGGCUUUGUCUCUUUAGGGAAAGAAGAAAGUAGGAUGUAGUGAUCUUGCAAUGAGGGCCAGGGAGAGCCAGGAAGCUGGGGACUAAAGCUGGCUGUGUGCUCCAAAGGAUGGGUGGAGGAGUAGUGCCGGGAGCACGGAAGGGUGUGACUCAAGAGGAGAGAGGCAAGGGUGAACUUCUUCCAAGGAAAAUCAGGGCACUUAUGUGUCCCCUUUGCAUGAGGAGUUAAUUCAAACAAAUGCCAUUGAAAUCUCUGGAAAAAUAAGAGAUUGCCAAUAAUGGACCACACUGUGGCAUAUGUCGUAUUCAAGUCUUAGCACUUCAAACUGUCCCAAUUACAUCAUACAGGCUGAAUAUUCAUGAGAAAUUGCAAUUAGCUGAACCAAAUGCCUUAAAGCCUCUCUCUCUCUCUCUCUCUCUCUCUCUCUCUCUCUCUCCCUCUCUCUCUCUCUCUCUCUCUCUCGUCAAAUACUAGAUUGUCAGCUAAGAUUUAUAACUUGACUGUAUUUUAUAAAUGAAUCUCUGGAGUGUGCAGGACUUUACAUGCGCUGCGAUAACCGUUUUUUCCUGGGUGCAUGUGAAGUGCUAUGUGCAGGAAUAUAGAGGAAACACCAGGGACAAGGAGCAGAGCGAACAUGAGGGGGACAGCCUCAACAGCAGGAAUCGUCAGAGCAGCUUUCCUGCAUAUGUAUGUUUAUGGCAACAGAUCAUGUAAUACAAAUAA